GGACCGGGAGGAACCGCCUGGGAGCCGCUGCCCCCUCGGGGCCAGCCCCGCGCGGCCGGGGCCCAGCCCGGCGCCAUGGAGCCCCGAGGCGGCGCUUGGCAGACCCCCGAGGCCGAGAACCUGCCGCCGCAGGCGCUGCGGCUGCUGUGCCGCGAGGUGGCGCUGCUGAGCGCCGACCCCCCCGACGGCAUCCGGCUGUUCCCCAACGAGCAGGACCUGAGCGACCUGCAGGUGGCCAUCGAGGGGCCGGAGGGCACCCCGUACGCGGGGGGGCUCAAUGUCAGGCUUUCCCGGAUUUUGGGCCGUUUUGGGGAGGGGGCUUACCCGGCCCCCUGCCCACCUUGGCGCCCCCAGACCAUCAAGUGCCUGCUGAUCCAGCCCAACCCCGAGUCGGCGCUGAACGAGGAGGCGGCGCGGCUGCUGCUCGAGGACUUCGAGCGCUUCGCCGCCCGCGCGCGGCUGCUGACCGAGAUCCACGCGCGGGACCCCCGCCCGGACCCCCGCCCGGACCCCCGCCCGGACCCCCGGCCGCCCCCCGGGCCCUCGGCGCCGCCGCCCGCCCCGCCCGACGGACCCCUCCCCAAGAAACACGCCGGCGACCGCAAGCCCGCCCCCAAGAAGAAAGGGGCGGGCGGCGACAAGAAACGGGCGCUGCGGCGGCUCUGAGACCCCAGACCCGAUUCGGGAUCGGGGGGCUCUGGGACCCCAGACCCAAUUCUGAGGGGUGGGAGGGUCUGAGACCCCAGACCCAA